AUGGCUCAAAGUAAACUGUCGGACCGGGAUGAACUGGCUUUGUUAGUUCGUAAACGUGGGACAAUUAAAGCGAGAUUAACCGUAUUCAAAGAUUUUCUCGGGGUUAUCGAUCAAAUUGAAAUCGAUAACAUUACGUCAAAAAAUAUAAGUGAUAUUAAUGUGAGACUAACCAAAAUAAAGGAAUUGUUUUCAGACUUUGAAAAGGUCCAAUCUGAAAUAGAAGAAUUAGAUUUAGAAAGUAAUUUAGAUAAACGGUUGAACGAGAGAAUCGAUAUUGAAAGCCAGUUCUUCGCGGUCAUGUCUAGUGCCCAGGAAAUAGUGUCAAAACGAGAUGAGCGAGUCGAGGCUGUCCAGCAUAGACUUUCUCUUGUAAGUAAUUCCAGUAAUAACAAUAAUAAUAGCCACUUAAACAAUCAGAUUCGAUUGCCAACAAUAAAAUUACCAACUUUUGAUGGAAACUACUUGAAAUGGCUGGAAUUUCGAGACACUUUCGACUCGCUCAUCAAUGCAAAUGAUACUUUACCUGACAUUAGCAAAUUUCAUUACCUAAGGUCCUCUCUAGAGGGUGGUGCCGUUGUCACGAUAAAAUCUAUUGAGUUUACGAGUGAAAAUUACCUGGUUGCAUGGGAACUACUGUGUAACAGAUAUAAUAACAAAAACGUACUGAUUAAUAACCACCUCAAAUCGUUAUUCAGCCUUGAAUCUUUAAAUAGGGAGUCGCAUAGAUCACUCAGGUACAUUAUAGAUCAUGUUUCAAAGAAUUUGAGGGCUUUAAAUACGCUUGGUGAGCACACUGAUAAGUGGGAUAGUCUCGUAAUUUAUAUAGUAGUGCAAAAGCUAGAUAGUGUAACUAGCAUUAAGUGGGAAGAGUACAAAUUGAACCUUGGUGGGUCGAUAGAACUAGAAGAUUUUUACCAAUUUUUAAGACAACGUGCUGAUAUUUUAGAGACCGUCCAAGGCGGCUCUAGAGCAGUUCAGGUUAAUAGAAAUGAAAGGUUUGUUAGUAGUAAGGAACCAAGACACAUUAAAACUUUUUUCUCAUCUACGCCAAAUGGAUCAUGUUUUAUGUGUAAUGAGAAUCAUCGUGUGUAUAAAUGUGAUCAAUUUAAGAAUUUGAGUAUCGAAGCCAGGGAAGCAGAAGUUUCCAAACGCAAGCUCUGCUCCAAUUGUCUUCGUCCAGGGCAUUCCACUUCCAACUGUCGUCUCAGCUCCUGCAGAGCCUGUAACAAAAAGCAUAAUAGUUUAUUAUGUCAUAAUAAUAAUAGUGUCAAUAAAGUAUUGCAAAACGAAAGUAACUUGAACUUACAAACUAACGAGGUAAAACAAAACACUAACCAUGAAAAACAAAAUUUGAAUACUGUGGCUAGCACUAGCACUGUUCUGACCACACUUACCUCAUACUCGAGUAACAGCGAAGUCCUCCUGGGCACUGCAGUGGUUGAAGUCGUCGUUGAGCGUGACAACAGUACUUACCUGGCACGCGUUCUUUUGGACUGUGGAAGUCAAAGUUCGUUUGUCACAGAUAACCUGAAAAAUAAACUUAAAAUUAAAACUAAUAGUACUAAGUCACGGUGUAUAAGUGGACUGAACAAUUCAAUAUCUACAGCCACUGAAUAUUGUACAUUAAAAUUAAAGUCAAGAAUUAAUGCCUACACUACGGAUGUACAUUGUAUGAUUAUAUCAAAUAUUUCAGAAAACUUACCUAGUGUAGAAAUCGAUCCCGAGGAUUUAAACAUACCCAACAAUACUGCACUCGCCGAUCCAAGCUUCCAUAAAAGUAACAAAGUUGAUAUAUUAAUUGGGUCCGAUGUAAUGUGGAAUAUUGUUAAGGGAGGUUGCCAGAUAUCGUUAGGUGAAAAUAAACCUAAGUUAAUUUAUUCGAAGUUUGGAUGGUUGGUUUCAGGGCCCAUGACUCUGGCCAUGCCAUCUGUGAAGUGUAACAAGAAAUCUGUAUGUCAUUUUAGUCAGGAAAUUAAAGACUCACUUUCUAAAUUUUGGGACUUGGAAAAUUUCAUAAUGCCAAAACGAUCAUUGUCAACAGAUGAACAAAUCUGUGAAGAUUCCUUUAAUGAAAAUACAAUUCGCUUACCGUCUGGUAGAUUCCAAGUAAAAAUGCCUUUGCGCGAGUCUCCUGAGGCUCUUGGAGACUCUUACUCACUUGCUAAGAGAUGUUUUUUAAAUUUGGAAAGGCGUUUCCAAAAGCAGCCGAAAUUAAAGGAAAUGUAUAGUGAUUUUAUACAUGAAUAUGCUACGUUAGGUCAUUUGACAGAAAUAGAGAAGCCGCCUAUUGGAAAUUAUUUACCUCAUCACGCGGUGCUGCGAGAGAAAAGCGAGACCACAAAACUUCGGGUCGUUUUUAACGGCUCUGCUCGCACAGCAUCAGGUAAAUCGUUAAAUGAUAUCCAGUAUGUGGGCCCAGUAGUACAAAAUGAUUUGAUGUCAAUUUUGUUGCGAUUCCGCCAGCACAAGUAUGUAUUAACGGGGGACAUUGAAAAAAUGUUCCGCCAAGUAAAACUGGAUGAAUCGCAACGUCACUUACAGCUGAUAUUAUGGCGAGACAAUGAAGCUCAGCCUUUGCGAACAUUGCAGCUCAAUACUGUAACGUAUGGGACAGCAUCAGCCCCUUAUCUGACCACCAGAUGUUUAGUUCAGUUAUCAACAGAGUGUUCAGACAAACGAGUAGCUAAUACUAUAAAAAACGAUUUUUACUGUGACGAUCUUAUAACCGGUUGUGAUAACAAAACAGAACUCAAAUACUUACGUGAUGCAGUCGUCGACAAGUUGGCUGAGGCUUGCCUCCCACUUAGAAAAUUUAGAACUAACAUUCCGAGUAUAUUUGCGAGUGAAUCCAUUUCAACCACAUGUACUGAAAAGGAUUUAUCCCAGACAAAUGAUCAGUACUCUAACUUACAGAAUCAAUCCUCAGUGCUGGGGUUGAAUUGGUGUCCCUCACAGGAUAAGCUGUAUUUUUCAGUCGACUUUCAGAUUGAACAGCCGUUCACAAAGAGAACUAUUCUGGCAGCAACAUGCAAGAUUUUUGACCCCCUAGGGUUGCUAAGCGCUUGUACAAUUGUUCCUAAAAUGCUGUUACAAAGGUUGUGGGAGUCUAAACUGGACUGGGAUGAUUUGGUGUCCGCCGAUGUAUCGAAACAGUGGAGUGACUUUGUAAAUAAUUUAAAUCAAAUAAAAGCGAUAAAUAUUCCACGCCACGUUUUGCAUCCAUCGUCGGACACUCCAGUGUCAGUGGAAUUACACUGUUUUGUCGAUAGUUCCCAGAGUGCAUUUGCAGCAUGUGUAUUUAUACGUUGUACUUAUCAAGAGGACAACGUAUCAGUCAAGUUAUUAUGCGCCAAGGCUAGAGUUGCCCCCUUGAAGCCCAGUACCAUACCGCGGCUGGAACUGGCAGCGGCCCUACUUGGUGCUCAGUUAAGUUCAAAGGUUUGUCAGUCACUCAGUCGUAAGUUUGAUCAAAAAUAUUUCUGGAGUGAUUCUACAAUUGUGCUGGGAUGGAUUAAAAAUACCAACCCUAGUAAUCUAAAGCAAUUUGUUUACAAUCGAGUAAAUGAAAUUCAUGAACUGACUGACAAAUCUACAUGGCAUCACAUUUCUACAGAAAUGAAUCCAGCAGACAUAGCUUCUCGAGGAGUCAGCCCUAGCAAGCUUCAAGAUUUAGAAUUAUGGUGGAGUGGCCCACCCUUUUUAAUGAAACCUAAAACGGAGUGGCCAAGCGCUCCUAUAGAAAAUGUUGAGCUUCCGGAGCUCAAAGUAUAUUCAUGUUGUGUGUCUGCUGAGCAUUCAUUUGAGUUUGAUAGGUUCUCGAAAUUUCAACGAAUGAUCCGGGUGGUAGGAUAUAUCUUAAGAUUUAUUCACAAUUGUAAAACAAAGAAGGAUUCGCGGCUAAGUGGUGAUCUGAGUAACGAUGAAAUAGAUAGGUCUACUCAGACCCUAAUCAAAACCUGCCAACAAGAUUCCUUUCCAAAUGAGGUGCAAUCAUUAAAAAACAAUAAAAAGAUACAUCAUAAAUCGAGGAUUUUGUCAUUAAACCCUUACUUAGAUGAGCAUGAUUUGAUUAGGAGUAACUCAAUACAGCCUAUGAUGGGUAACUUACCCCCUCCUCGAGUCACUCUUACCUAUCCCUUCCUCGCGACAGGCGUAGACUUUGGCGGGCCCUUCUCAAUCGUAGACCGCAAGGGCAGAGGAUGUAAGAUAUCCAAAUGUUGGCUUAGUCUUUUUGUGUGUUUAAGCACUAAGGCAUUAACUUUGGAGGUGGUUAGUAGUCUGAGUACUGAAGCAUUUUUAAUGUGUUUGCGUAGAUUUAUAUCACGUCGUGGCAAGCCUCAUGAUAUUUAUUGUGACAAUGGCACCAACUUUGUGGGUGCAAAUAAUGAGCUAGGCAGAAUGUUGCAGGCAAGCCAAAGUUCUGUAAGUGCGGCUGCCCACGACGAGGGCAUUAAAUUUCAUUUUUCGCCCGCUUAUUCCCCUCACUGGAGGGGCUGA